AGUCAAGCCAUUGAACCAUUGGUUUGCGACUACUUGUGACUUGUGGAUCCGGAAGUGACACGAUGGAAGGUGACAAGUCAGCCGGUGACCUCGGGAAGCCCAAGACUUUGGCCCUGGAUGAUCUGGAUGCCAAGUUGGAUCAGCUAACGGCGAAGGUUGACACCUGCAUCCUAGAGAUUGUGCAGCUAAGGAACUCUACGAGCUUAACAGCUGCGCGGCGCUCGAUCAUGGACGCCGCAUCCUCGACUAGCAGAGGAGGUCGACCUUCACUGGCUCGAAGCUCCUCGGCUCAGUCUUUGGGCUCGGCUAUUCGUCCUUCACGCUUAUCCCAGAGGUCAAAGGCGAGCAGUAUUCCGACACAAAGUCGGCAAACUCUAGCACGUGAUUCCCUAGGGCAGGCACAACUGCCCCAGUUGGAGGGAGGUCGUACUGCGAGACGCACGAAUUAUCCCAUUCGAAACAUGGACUUGCGAAUGGCCUGGCAGGAAUAUGCCAAGGAAACGCUCCACCAGGAGCUCUCCGAAGUGGGCACAGAUGGCGACGUACAACAAGUGAUGCGGAUGAUGCAUCGAAAUCGAUGCGAUUACAUUUGGGAGCUGUUGGAUGACCCACAAUCGAGCAGGUAUGCCUGGUGGUUGUCGCAGUUCUUUUCCAUGUUCGUCAUUGGCAGCAUGCUCUUGUCGCUGCUGGAAGCAUCUGAAGAGGAGCCAUUGAUCGAUGCCAACACCGCUGCAUGGAUGUGGCUUUGCUUGGAUUCAUUCUUCCUACUGGAAUUCUUGUGCCGCAUCCUGUCUGCGCCGUCGAAAUGGAGCUAUGUUGUGGAUUGGCUUAACUGGGCUGAUAUGAUCUCAGCUUUGGGGUUGCCGUUACGUGCCACUGCGGGUUUUUUCCUGCCAGCUUCCUUGUCAACACAAAACAGUGAGAUUGUGAUCCUGCUGUUUUUGAUCUUGCCCAUCAUUCGCUUUCUGAAGCUUUUGCGCUACUUUGAAUCCUUCAGGCUGCUGAUUGAUGCGGCCCGAAGUUCCGCAGAGGCGUUGCCUGUCCUUUGCUACAUUAUGGCAAUUAUUACGUUGCUAUCGGCAACAGCAAUGUAUUUGUUUGAAGAAAGAAGCAAUAUACCAACGAUCUAUCAUUCGAUGUGGUUGGCCAUCGUGACCAUGACCACGGUAGGCUAUGGUGAUUAUUAUCCAACCUCCUUGGCUGGCUAUAUCAUCGCAUCCAUUCUGACCUUCACCAGUGUUCUCUUCUUGUCCCUACCUGUUGGCAUCAUCGGACACGAGUUUACGCGUUCUUGGCAAAUACGUGGUCAGGUGUUGCUGAAGAACCGCAUUCGUCGAUGUAUGCUGAAGUGGGGCUACAGCUCCAAGGACUUGCGCCUCCUGAUCGAGUACGUGGAUGUGAAUUGUGAUGGUAUGCUGGCUUUGACGGAGUUUCUAGAGCUGAUGCGGCAGAUGAGAAUUGGAAUAUCUGCUCAGAGCGCCAUUGAUUUGUUCAUGGCCUUUGACGAUGAUGCUAAUGGCUACAUUGACUAUGACGAGUUUUUGCGGCAGAUCUUUCCUGAGGAAUACGUCAAGGAGACGGUGGACAGCCAGAUUCUCUAUUCCUAUGGAGAAAAAAUUCCGCAGGCACCGGUAUCGCCUCCGGAGACCAUUCUAGAGUCCCCGGAGAUCAUUCUGCAGCCUGCGGAGUCCAGGUUGAGGCCAGCUUAUGGUGCAGCGUCUGGGAUGGUGAGCCCAAACCAAACUAGCGGCACUAGCGAAGUUGACGAGAAUGACGUGCUGAAGGAGCUAUUCUAGGUGAGAAGUUCGAUCUGAAACGCUGCGGGACUGAAGUACGGACGAAAGCCUUUUGGCUGUAAAGAGGCGCCAGUAUGG